AUGUACAGGUAUUCCUCAAUAUUGGCAUAUUAUUGGGGGGGGUACGUCUCCAACUACGUCUUCUCCAAGCUCCCAGCUAACCUCUCUUGGAGGGUCAUGCUCGGCAUCGGCGCCCUUCCAGCCAUUAUUGUCGCCAUCGGCGUCUUAGCCGUGCCAGAGUCGCCGCGUUGGCUCGUCAUGCAGGGCCGACUUGGGGACGCCAAACGCGUCCUCGACAAAAUCUCAGCCUCCAAGGAAGAGGCUCAGUUGACGCUAGACGGCAUCAAAGAAGCCGCAGGCAUCGCCAAAGAGCUAGACGACCACGUUGUUCCGGUCUCAAAGAAAAGCGAUGGUGAAGGAGUAUGGAAAGACUUGAUCUUGCACCCGACGCCAGCCGUUCUCCACAUUUUGAUCGCAGCCCUCGGCAUCCACUUCUUCCAACAAGCUUCGGGCAUAGGCUGUGUCUUCCAGAACAGCCCCAGGAUCUUCGAGAAGGCGGGGAUCAAAUCUAAAGACCACAAGCUCCUUGCAACCGUGGCCGUUGGAUUUGUCAAGACCAUUGCCAUCUUGGUCGCCACGUUUUUCCUUGAUCGGUUCGGGCGGCGCCGGUUUAUAGCUCUGAGAUCUUCCCGCUGA